AUGGCGUCGCACACAUACUCGCCCUCAAACCCCAGGCAGCAGUGGUACAGCUUCAACGGAACCCACGCCGUCCCUCACAUUGUGCUAGACGACUUCACCCGCCCCAGGCACGAUGAAGCCUCGUACCUAGCGCCGUCAUCCGCCCUGUGCGCUGGCGAGCUCCGCGAGAACGAGACCACCGCACCCGGCCCGCAAGCGCCACUCAAGCUGCCCACCAACAGCGUGCGCAACUUUGACCGCAAGACCGCCAUACAGGACGCCAGGGACACGUGCAUCGUCGUUCACCAUCGCUACCCGGAGCUCGUCGAGCAGUUCCUCAGGCACAAGCGGCAUCACGGCUCCCCCGUCGAGAAGGAACUGUACGGACAGCAUGGCUGGACCUGGUCCCGCCAGGUGGCGCGGCUGAUCGAGAAGCGGCCGCUGGUCUUCAUGGGUGGUUUCGACCUGACGGUCCUGCGCGACUUCACGCGCCCGCCGGCCACCGAGGAGUGGGACUACGUGGGCAAGACGGACAGUAGUACUUCAGCAGCUGGCGCCGUCGCGAAAGAGCGUAAUCGCUACCUGUUCCUCCGAGACUACCUGAGCUACGACGAGAUCAUGCUCGGCUCCCUCCUCGGCGUCAGCGGCCCGAGCUACUUCAUCAACGAUGGGAGCCGCAGCAACAAGGCCCGCCCGGGAAAGCCGGGCACGUUCGAGGAGCGAGGCAUAAUCAUCGGGCUGGUCGGCGCCCGGUUCGAGAGAGCUGGCCGGAUGGACUCGAUCUUCUGCCUGCCUCGCAGCCACGGCGGCGCUGCAGCGAAACCCAAGUCGUCUACUACAGACAUGGACCCGAGACUGGUGGACGUUUUCCGAGACUGGUUCUGCGACGCCUCCGGCGGCCAGGUCCUCGUCAACCCGGCAGAGAAGAAAUUCCACGCCGCCAUGUACAAGGCCAGGAUGCGCAUCAGCGCCGAGAUGCUCCUGCUCGAGGCCAGCGAGCGAGCCCGGGUCGCGCACAGGAGAGCGUACGUGCAUGUCGUGGGGCUCGGGCUCGGCGUCUGGGCGGUCCACGGGGUGCCCCAGGCGCAGUACUACAUCGAGACCUUCACGACCGUCCUGAAAGAGCUUGGUAGCACCGGAAUUCUCCGCCACAUUGCCGUGCUCGACUUCUCCUACGUCGACGCCGGCUCCCAGGCUGUCGCGGACAAGGUUGCCGCGGCGGCUGCCGCGCACGGGGUCAAGGUCAGGUUCUCGAGGCGCAAUCCGGCGGAUAGGCUUUACGGCACGGACGCGGGCUGCUUGCUGGUCGUCAGCUAUGCCUGGGACGGGAACUCCUUUCCCGGCAACGAGUACUGGAUGCGCAUGCUGGACGCCAGCGGCGACCCGGCCGCCGCGUGCAUGAGUACCAUUAGCGAGCUGCACAAUCCGUUGACGAACCCGGGUUUCCUGGAGAGGAUCAAGAUCCUGGGCAGCGGACAGGUCAAGCACUGA